CACUCUGAUUUGUUGCUUUGUUAAGAAACAAACAAAGACAAAGUCCAUUCGCAUAUACAUAAAAUUAACCCACCUUCCUUCUCACUCUAGUCUCAUUUUUCUUCUAUGCGAAAUCAUCAUACGAAUUUCUUCAAUCCUCGACUCUAUGGUGGAAUUCUCUUAUAAUUCAAAACCCAUACUCUCCAUGGCUCUGUCUCGCUUCUCUCUGUUGCCUUUGAUUCACAUUGCCCUGUUUACCACCCUCUGUUUUGCGGCAGACCCCUCCGUUUCCUAUGAAUUUAGACUUUCUUACAUCACUGCAUCUCCUCUUGGUGUUCCUCAGCAGGUUAUAGCAGUUAAUGGGGAGUUUCCUGGUCCUAUUAUUAAUGCUACUACUAACUACGUUGUUAUUGUUAACGUAUGGAAUGACUUGGAUGAAAAUCUCCUAAUGACUUGGCCUGGAAUCCAAAUGCGGCGUGAUUCAUGGCAGGAUGGUGUUCGUGGCACAAAUUGUCCAAUUCCUCCCAAAGAGAAUUUUACUUAUAAUUUUCAAGUCAAGGAUCAGAUUGGAAGCUUUUUCUAUUUUCCAUCCUUGAAUCUUCAAAGAGCAUCUGGUGGUUUUGGUUCCUUUAUCAUUAAUAAUCGAGAAAUUAUCCCAAUUCCUUUUUCACAGCCUGAUGGGGAUAUUAUCCUUCUGAUUGGUGACUGGUAUACACAAAACCAUACGGCAUUGAGAACUGCCCUUGACUCUGGAAAAGACCUUGGCAUGCCAGAUGGAGUUCUAAUUAAUGGGAAGGGGCCUUACAGAUACAACACCACGCUUGUACCUGAUGGUAUUGAGUAUGAAACUAUUCAAGUGGAUCCAGGCAAAACUUAUCGACUGCGAGUGCACAAUGUUGGGACUUCAACUAGUUUGAACUUUAGAAUUCAGGGUCACAAUCUACUUCUUGUAGAAACAGAGGGAUAUUAUACAUCCCAACAAAAUUAUACUAACUUUGACAUUCAUGUGGGCCAAUCCUAUUCUUUUUUGGUUACCAUGGAUCAGAAUGCAACUUCUGAUUAUUAUAUUGUGGCAAGUGCUCGGUUUGUGAAUGAAUCACUUUGGCAAAGAGUCAUAGGUGUUGCAGUCUUGCAUUACUCCAAUUCUAAGGGACCAGUAUCUGGUCCUCUGCCAGAGGCACCAAGUGAUGUUUAUAACCAGUGGGCAGCAAUGACUCAGCCUAGAUCAAUCAAGCAAAAUACAACUGCAAGUGGGGCUCGCCCUAAUCCACAGGGAUCUUUUCACUACGGCCAAAUCAAUAUUACUGAAACAUAUGUGUUAAGGAGCUUGCCACCAGUUACAAUUGAUGGAAAGCAACGUGCAACAGUGAAUGACAUAUCAUUUGUCAAUCCUGAUACACCAAUAAGGCUUGCUGACCUGCACAAAGUGAAGGGAGCUUACAAGCUUGAUUUUCCCAAUAUGCCACUUAAUAGGCCUCCCAAGAUGGACAUAUCUGUCAUUAAUGCUACAUAUAAGGGUUUUAUCCAGGUCAUAUUGCAGAACAAUGACACCAAAAUGCUGAGUUUUCACAUGGAUGGUUAUUCAUUUUUCGUGGUUGGGAUGGACUGGGGUGUGUGGACUGAGGACAAAAAAAGUUCAUAUAAUAACUGGGAUGCUAUUUCUCGCAGUACAGUAGAGGUUUACCCUGGGGGAUGGACAGCAGUCCUUGUCUCUCUGGACAAUGUUGGAAUAUGGAAUCUUAGAGUAGAAAACCUUGAUAGAUGGUAUCUUGGCCAUGAAACAUAUAUGAGAAUCAUCAAUCCUGAGGAAAACGGUGCAACAGAGAUGGCUCCGCCAGAUAACGUUAGAUAUUGUGGUGCCCUUCAAAGCUUGCAGAAGAACUCAACUCACUCCUCUGCAACAUCCAUUCUGGCUGGAAAAUCAGUGGUGUUUUCCUCCCUGCUGAUAGCACUCUGUUCCUCAUUCUUCAUUUUCGGGUAACCUGUUUCAGACAGUGUUUGCUUGUAUUGGCUAGUUCUAGGUGUAACAUUAACAGCUGAGUAUACUUGUAUUGCAUAGUUGGAUUAGAUUUGAAAAUUUUUUCUUUUCAUAGAAAAUUUUCAGGGUGUUAUGACAUUCAAUUUUUUAUUUAUUCUUUCUGUCUGUGGGGUUAUCUGCCCUUUUAAUUGUAAUUUAGGUCACUGAGGCUCCAAGCUACAUACUGAAUGGUGAUUAACCCUUUCUUUUGGUACCAUCUGACCAUUUACACAAGAAUUUUGCAUAAACAUCUUUAAUAAUAAUUGAUUUCUAAGAUCAUCAUUCCAUUAACUUUAUGGAAAUGACUGAUCAUUAGUUCA